GUCGCGUGGCGGUCCCGCUGAGAGCAGCUUGUCAAUCUGUCAACCUCUAAGAACGAACAACGAGAUAGGAAGCUCGAUGGGCCCGUAUAAUCGACGAAAUUCAUGAGCAUAAUCGCUAUAGACUCUCAUCUCUCCCUCAUCUCUCACCCUUGUUCAUGGUCUCCCAUUUGAUAUAGAUGGUUUAGUGAGCUUCAGGGCAAGCUAAACAGACUAUUCAUAACCAGACAGAGACCGAUCAUACACGCACAAAAGGAAUCAUGACUGUCUUUGCUCUCAUCGUCAUCAACAAGGCCGGAGGUUUAGUUUACAACAAAAACUUCCACGAAGGCCUUCAACAAAUCAGCACAAAUGAUUAUCUAGUUCUCGCAGGAACAUUUCACGGUGUUCACGCCAUUACAUCUCGUCUCAAUCCUGUCAAGAACCUACCAGGCGCAACACCGCCAGGAAACAGACCUGAGCCAUCAUCAGGCUUAGAGGUUCUUGAGACGGAAAACUUCCGCAUGCAGUGCUUCAACACAAUGACAGGGACAAAGUUCCUCCUCUUCACCGAUACAACACAAGCAAAUGUCGAUGUCACUAUCCGCAGGAUCUAUGACCUCUAUGCAGACUACGUCAUGAAGAACCCCUUCUAUUCUCUUGAAAUGCCUAUUCGGUGUGAUAUUUUUGACCGGAAACUACUUUCGUACAUCCGGGAGAUCAAUAAUCGAUAGACGGGUAUUGGAUAGAUUUGCGGAGUAAUCGGAAUCAGCAUGUAUCGUAAUG